ACCACUCCAGAAGCUACAAACACAAACCAUUCUCUCAAACCAACCUUUUUUUUUUAUACAAAUCACUUCAUCAUCACACAACCAACAAUGGCUUCUAGACCAAACCCUUUGGGUAAUCAAUCGAGUAAAAAGCCUACUACUAUCCAACUGCAAGUAAAAUCUGAACAAGAAAUUGUUUAUUCACUUAAAAAAAGGAAGGAGAUCAAUUCUGCUUCAGAAAAGUUUUGUAAUGAAGUUGAUGAACAGAAAUCAUGCCCCCUAUGUAACAGAAAUCUUCUGGUCACUGCAACUGAAUGCAACAACCCAUGUGAUCUUUGUUGCAAGGAAACAGAGCCUAAACUUAAAGCAGGCUAUGGCCGGAUGUGUGAUGCCGACAAUCCUCACGAUACCAGCCGUGUGAUCCCUGCGGUACUCGACCAACAGCCUGCCAUUAUAGAAGAUCCAAGGGGAUUGUGGCGAGGGAAUGCUGUUGGACAGCUAGAAAAAGAGAUGUUUUGGGCGGUAGAGGACCGCUAUCCGCAAACAUUUCAAAGGCUAGACAGUAUUCCGAAGUAGUUUCAGCCGUCAACUUUGAAACAACCUCAUGUUUUCAUUAAAAGUUUUAUGCAAAAAUCUGUGCAUCAAUUGGGAGAGGAUGGGCUCACUAGUCUUGAAAUGGAUAUAGAUUUUUUUUGAGAGGAUUGGUUCGAUCUCUCAUGGGCCCGUAACAGGGUACACAUGGUAAGAGAUCUCAAAUUUGGGAAUGACCCGUUGAGGCUGGAGUUGGUUGAAGCAAUUUCGAGGAUUGAGAGGGCUCGGGUAGAGCUUGAGAGGGCUCAGGUAGAGUAUGAUAAGGCUGCAUAUGUCCGAAACAUGAAGCUACAUGAGAUGGCAAACAAGUAUGGCUCUGCUUAUGAUGACGUGUUAAAUGGCGAACUUGGUUUCGGUAUGCUGCCUAGGUACUAGGUAAUGAGUAUUUUAGAUUUUAGGCGCAGUUUAUUAUGUGUAUAUAGGCAUAGGGGUUUAGACAUUCGUCUGAUUAACUUGAGGUUUAUUGGUUUGUCUGGUUCUCCGGUUAAUGUUUUUCGGCUUGGUCCGGUUCAAAACCCGCGGGUUGCUAGUCAUUUUUAUAUAUCUAUGAUUAUAUGUACCUCUCAGUUUAAAAAAGAUUGAUUAAAUCAGGUAUUUAAGUA